UCCGAACCGCGGCGCCGGCCGCAGUCGAGGAGACUCCGCCCCCGCCGCCGGCAGCCGCGCGGGCCGCUCGCUCGCUCGCUCGUCCGUCCUGGGCCGGUCCCUUGAACGGCCAGCCAGUCGCGUUGGAGAGUGCGUGUGCGUUUGGAGAGGCCAAGACCGGUCCUGGAGGAGAGAGAGGGACUCAGGAAGACGACGGUGGACGCUCGGAUGUGAUCGGAGAGGGUGUCCAUGGUCAUUGAUCGGGAAUAGCCAGACGAGGAAGACGCCAGUGAGAGUGGAAUAGGAGUGGUAGAGAUCAUUGGACAUCAGGACUGGUGUAUUUGGAUGGACUGAGUGUUUGGGUGGACUGGCGAACGGAAGAGGAGCUACAGAACAAGAAGUGACGAGCCGAGUGAGGGGCUCGGCGCGUCAAGAUGCAGACACAAGAGGAGGUGAUUGGCCGGAUUGCCGAGCUGCAGACGGCAGUGACGGAGAUGAAGACGGCCUUCACGUCAGCGAUACGUCAGCUGACGUCAGCGCCGUCAGCGGCCGACCUGACGCUGAUCGAGCACGACGUCACUGCCAUCACCGCCGUCAGAGAUAUCAAGUCGGAGCUGGUUGCCAUGACAACGUCGCUGCAGCAGCUGGAGCAGGGCCAGCAGUCGACUCGGCGGCAGCUGCAGCAGCUGCUCGACGAACGAGACCUGCUGCUGGACGAGCUGUGCAAAACGGGCAGCGUCUCCAUGGAAACCAGGCAGCAGCUGCAUCAGCCGGGUCUUCAGUUUCCUUCGCGAACCUCGAGCGGUUGCCAUAGCAACGACUCGGGACUGGGUCAGACUGUGGACAAAUCGGUCUGGUCCGCACCGUCGGACCAGGAGACCGGCUCGCUGGGAGAUGGUCCCCUGGUCUCUACCAUGGUCCAGGAGUACGUCAACGGGCUCAGUGGAGGUGGCGACAGCUACGACUCCGAUUCGUCACUGUCCGUAGCCGUGACAAAGUCGUUCGCCCUGAGCACCUGUCUCUCGAAACAGUGCGGCCUGGAGCUGGAUGACGUCAGCGAAUCGGAAACGGCUCAGACUCUAAGCUCCGGCGACGCGGAGGAGUCGGAGCGGGUGAAGGUGGUCAGGGAACUGGCAGAGACGGAGCGUCGCUACUGCGGCACCCUGUGGACCAUACAGGACACGUUUGCCGAGCCGCUGGCGGCUGCACAGGUGGUCACCCAGGAUGAGCUCAGCACUCUGUUCCCUACCGAGUGUGCUCGACUGUACGAGAAGCACUGCCGUCUGCUACACUCACUGGAGGAGCGUCUGGACUCGUGGCCGUGGCAGAGUGGAGUCGGCGACCUUAUCUGCAGGUUUAUCGUUCACGGCGACUCGGAGGUCCUUCGCCUGUACACCUCGUACGUCAACGGCUUCCCCCAGCUGCUCAGCACGUUCUACCGGCUCUGCAGGACGUCGGCAGACUUCCUGCAAUUCCUCAAGGCUCGCCAGCACCACCCGGGCUGCGCGGGACUCGACCUCUCCGCCCUACUGCUCUCCCCCGUGCAGCGGGUGCCUCGCUACGUGCUACUACUACAACAGCUGCUACGUCGCACCCCGGCUCAGCACAGCGACCACGCGCCUCUGCAGAGGGCGCUACUGCAGCUGAGACAGUUCCUGGCCAGGCUGAACGACUCGAUGGAGCAGAGCUUUCAGAUGGUGCACCGCGGAGCCGGCCAGUGGGAUAGGGUACCGAAGUCCGCUUCAGUCGCCACUCUCUCUGUCGGUGACCCCGAGACCUCGUGGAGCCCGUCUCGCCGGUCCGCCGAGCCUGCCAUCUCGCGGCGGCGCGCCAAACUAGGGUCGGGCAGCGGUCUGACUCGUCCGAUCACCACCAUCUGCCGGGCAGCCUCCUCCAGCGGUAGUGACACGUUGGAGCGGGCAGAUAGGGGCGCCACCUGCACCAGGAAGGCGCGCAGGACGGCCUCAGAGUACAAGCCGUUCGACUGCAAGUCCCUGCCUCACAUGAAGCAGCGCCGGCGCGCUCAGCUGUCCAGUCAGCUGACUGCGGCCCGCUCAGAGACGAACCUGCGCGAGCGUCCGCUCUCGGUGUUCGACCCUCCCGCUGCACGGUCCGCUGCCAACCUGGCAGAGCCAUCUACCGGCGGCGCGAGGAGGCUCGAGUUUGAGGACAUCCCGCUGGAUACUCCAACCGACCGAGAUGAGCCGAGCUCACGGAAAUUGGGCAGCGAGGAGCCGAAAACGCCAACGAAGAAGUCAUCGAAGACUGACAGUCAGACGCUGCCCCGCGGCCGGAGGAUGGUUGUCAGCCGACUGGAGAGGGCCGUCACCCCCGAAACUCCGCGGCCGCCCAGCGCCGAGCGGGCGCGGAAGGUGUCACUCAGGUCGCUCAAGAACAUGUUCAGUCUCAAGAAAAGGAGCUCCCGUUCGGGAACUCUGGACAUCAGUGCCAGCUCCAAGGACCUGGCAGAUGCUACCAGCUCCGACCAGUACACGCCCUUACCUGAGCCCAGCCCAGAGGGCGCCACUGAGAGCGCUCGCAGCGCCGCCUAGGGCAGCUGCCGCAAACGCUGACCUUUGGGUGGGUGCAGCUCGCAGGGAGGCUGCUGUUUCUUGCCAGGCCUGGCGAAUCGUUCGAAAGAGAACAUCUCUGGCCCGAGGAACCUGAGACACUGUCUAAGAGGUGUAGACUGCAGCCGUUUCUGACUGCCGUAGUAUGCACCCAAACGCCCAUUAAACAGGGCGUUCUGGGGCCUAUUUAUAGACUGCACUGUGUUUUGUAGCUCAUUCAGCUAGUGGACAGAUUAUUAAACAUCUCAGUGCACUUGUGUUCAGUCUCCCGUCGCAGCUCGAUCUCUGCAAUGCAAGGAUCGGGAAGUGAAGAUGACUGUGUCGGUUUGCCAGGGAUUGAUUGUUGCCGGGGCGGGGGCGAGCUGCUGAGUUUCAAAUAAGAACUUCAAAUAAGAACGUAUAAAUAAAUAAGAAAUUCUUAUUUCAAAUAAGAAUUUCAAAUAAGAACGUGUGAAAAGUGCAAGGUAUAUGCGGGAGUAUGUUUUAUGCGAAUUUUAUCGUAUUGUUGCGCUUGAUUUGGUUGAAUUUUAUGAUGCAGUUUAGCGAGAUGUCAGACUGUAUUCAAGCGUUUGACUGUCGUGAGCAUGUAUUGCGCAUCGCUUGUGUUUUAUGCGCGCAGGUGUUAAUUGAUGGAUUGAAUGUUUGAGCAAUACGCGAAAUACAUUAUUCGAUUUUUAAC